AAGACAUUUCUGAUCAUUAUUUGCCUGGUCAGAUACGACUUCGUGCAGAAGAUGUUGCACAAAUCGAUAAGUAUCCAAGCCUGGAAAACGCAGGAGUUUUUGAGAUGAAUUCUGGAGCAUGUUUUAUUAAUACAAAGGCUUAAUAAAAAAAGUUUUCAAAUCUCUAAUGGAUAAAGCAUUUUACGUUCAGUCAUUGGUUCCAAAAGAUAUAGCUACGAACACUUAUUACGUUACAAGAGGAUCCCGACCCCCUACAAUGGACUUAAAAAUUAGAGACAACGUGUUUGUAUAUGUAAACGUUGAUUUUGUUCCUGGAUUUGAUCUAGACAACGAAGUAAUAUCCAUCCCUGGGGCCGUUGUGUCAACGUUUAAAGACACACUUGUUACCUUCCCAAGAUAUUGCCUCAUGAAAUGGAUUAACAAAGAAAAUAAAUACAUUGAUGAAAAUGACAAAAAUUUCAUAUGGCGAAGUUGUUCAUCGUCAUUUGAAAGAUUCAUGUUCGAUCUAUGCGUUGUCAGCGAGGAAAGAUGCUACAUCAGAACCGCGUGUCGCGUUAUGAAAACCUUGGUACAUAUGCUGAGACAUCGCCAAAACCAGGCGGCAAUACUGCUGUCGUCAUACCACCUGAAGACCGUCGCCAUGUACUGCAUCCUUCUGUUAGCCGUGCCUACGAAGCUGACGUCACCGGGUUAUCGCCUCAGUGGCGUCCGCGAGGCUUUGGGAUACUUUCUGUCAUUUUUGAAGUCAGCACUAGAAAAAGAAGUCCUGCCAGAUUUUUUCCUCGGAAAUGAACACCUGGAUAAAAUCUUUCCGGGAUCGUAUUUCUCGAAAAUUCGCAUCAAAUACAACUUAUUUGAUAAAGAAACUCCGGAGCUUGUAAAGGCGGCGAAAUUUGGUUUUCCUGAAUUUGAGAGAGUCCUUUCUGGAUGUUUUGAUGCUUGGAAUUUAAACCCUAAAGUUGUGAACUUUUUUGAGACAAGACUCGACGAUUAAAGAACAAACAAUGGUGGUUAUGUUUGAAAAGAUUUCAGUAUAUUUGUACAUAACGAUAAUCUAGUGGUCACUUAUUAUGAUUAAAAAGUUUAAACUUAAUUACUACAAAUAUAUGUUCAACAUAAUUAUGUUUUUAGUCAGUCCUAUGUUUAACAUAUUUUUCAAACUUAUGUUUACAAUUUU